GCCAUUUAAACAAAUCUAAAAAUUUUCCUUUCUUAAUCAUAACCCAUAACUUUGCGUUUGUUAAAUCUAGAGCCUAUCUGUAAACGAUUCGGAGGGUCCUGGCCAUCAUUGGCAAUAAUUAUCGUCUGCACUGUCUUUAUAUGGAGUGUUCUUUGUUAUGAAACAGAGGUGGUAGAGCUAAGAGAUGGGAUUAGCGGUGAAGAUUGAAGUUUUUCACAAAGAAAGAAUUACACCAUCCUCUCCAACUCCUCACCACCUUAGAAUUUUCAGCCUCUCGACUUUUGAUCAGUUUUCUCCUGCAAUUUAUUUCCCUCUAAUCCUCUUCUAUCCCAACAAUAGUGAUAUUCAUGAGGUCAAUAAUAUUGAUCCCCAAUGUUUGGUUGUUGAAAGAACCAAGCUUCUGAAAAGAUCACUGUCCGAAACCCUAAGUCGCUUCUACCCCUUUGCAGGAAGAAUCCAUGAUCAUGCUUCAGUCUGUUGCAAUGACAAGGGAGCAAUGUUUCUUGAAGCUCAGGUCAACUGUCCCAUAUCAAGGGCUUUGGACAAACCCGAUCUUGGUUUUGUUAAAGAGUUGGUUCCUAAUUUACAAUCUACUGAAGGAGACAUCGGCCAUGAUCUUCUACUAGUCCAGGCCAACUUCUUUGAAUGUGGUGGAAUCGCAAUCGGAUUCAACGUUUCACAUAAGAUCAUCGAUGCCUUCACACUUAGUACAUUCCUCAAUAGUUGGUCUGCAACUUCCCGUGGUCUGCAACUUCCUCCACAUCAAUAUGUUGCUGCAGCUUCUCGUUUCCCAUCACUGGAUUUGUUCAAGCCACCGCCACCGUUUGUGAAGAUUGCUAAAGAGAGGUGUACAACAAGGAGGUUCUUGUUUGAAUCCUCGAAGAUUGAAUCUCUGAAGGCGGAAGCUGCCAGUGCUGCCGUGCAAAAUCCUUCGCGAGUCGAAGUCGUGUCAGCACUGAUUUGGAAAUGUGCGAUGAAAGCGUCAACUGCAAACUCGGAUUCUGCAAGACCACCAUCAUCAGCAUGGUUGCAAACUGUGAACAUGCGGAAAAUAUUGGGGCAACCAUCUGCGGAGAACUUGAUGGGGAACCUUUUGGGUUUCUUUGCAGCAAUAUCUAUGAAAGGCGAAAGUGAGGGUGAUCUUCAAGGCUUGGUUGCUGCAAUGAGGAAGGGGUAUAAAGAACUUAAGGUGAAGUAUGGUGCUAAUGGUGUUGGUGUGGACGAUGUAAGUAAACUCCUGAAAGAGUAUGGUGAGGUGUUGCAAAGGGAUGACAUAGAGUGUUAUUGCUCCACCAGUUGGUGCAGGUUGCCCUUUUUUGAAACCAAUUUUGGAUGGGGAAAGCCAUUGAUGAGUAGUCCGGCAAUUGAAGAAAUCAAGAAUUUAACUACGCUGAUGGAUACGAGUGAUGGACGUGGCAUUGAAGCGCGCUUGACUUUGAAAGAAGAAGACAUGGCCAUAUUUGAAAAAAAUGAGGAGCUGCUUGCAUAUGCUUCUCUAAAUCCCACCGUCAUAUAGUUAGUGCCUAGAACAAAAAGGCCUCUCUUGUGCUUCUUAUUAUCUUAUAUGAUGUUUUGUUACUGCUAGCUGUCUGUUUCAACUAUGUUUCUCAAUGUAAAAGAAGUGUAAGAAAUAAUUACUGCUAUGCUUUUUCUUUUAUCCAUUUUCCCUUAAUCUUUUAUUCUCAUUUCAAGUUUUCC